AGAUUGUACAGACUAUAUACCUGAAGAGCAUUUUCACGUAUACGAAGUACCUGGGUCUAUAGAUCACACAUGCAGUUUUCGACAACCUCUUCCACGUUGCUGUGCAGAUAGUACCUAGAAAUAUCAAAGUGAAAACCAUGGCGCGCCCCGGCAUGCUCAUCGCCCUGAUCGUCGUAUUCCAAACCUUGAUCUCCUCGUCGACGACGGAGUUCGUCUUCGAAGAUGUCUUCAAUGAUCCCGAACGCGACACCUUUCUCCACGGAACUUUCCCCGAGGGAUUUAUCUGGGGUGCCGCUACGGCAGCCUAUCAGAUCGAAGGAGCCUGGGAUGAGGAUGGAAAAGGACCAAAUAUCUGGGACGCUUUCACUCACAUCCCUGGAAAGACAUAUGACAACCAGAAUGGCGACGUCGCCUGCGACAGCUAUCAUAACGUUGAACGCGACGUCGAAAUGGUCAAGGAGCUCGGUCUGACGCACUAUCGAUUCUCUCUCUCCUGGUCAAGAAUAUUCCCGACUGGGUUUACCCAUCAGGUGAAUCCCGCAGGGGUGCAGUACUACCACCGUCUGAUUGAUGCCCUCCUAGAAGCUAGUAUCCAACCCGCUGUUACCCUCUAUCACUUCGAUCUUCCUCAGAUGUUAGAAGAACUCGGUGGAUGGGAAAAUGAGAUGAUGGUCCUCUACUUUCAGGCUUAUGCCGAUUUUUGUUUCAAUGAGUUCGGCGAUAAGGUGAAGAUUUGGUUUACAAUCAACGAGCCCAAAGUGAUCGCUAUCCAGGGGUACGAGGCAGGCAUAUUCGCACCGGGAAAGACGCGCCCGGGCUACGGAACCUACCGCGUCGUACACACCAUGCUGAAGGCACAUGCGCGUGCGUGGCAUACGUACGAUCAGAAGUACCGCGCAACACAGGGCGGGAAAAUUUCCAUCGUCUUCAACUCGUUCUGGUCAGAGCCGGCCGACCCAGAGAAUCAGGCCGAUGUUGAGGCGGCGGAGAGGAUGAGGCUGUUUGAACUCGGCUCCAUGGCGAAUCCCAUCUUUGGAAACGGAGACUAUCCGGAGCUCGUCAAGGCUGUGGUAGGGAACAUGAGUCGUGCUCAAGGUCUUACUGUGACCCGUAUGCCUUCAUUCACUCCUGAAGAGCAGCAGCUCAUCAAGGGUACAGCCGACUUCUUUGGUCUCAACCACUACUCAACAAGAUUUGUUGCCUACAAGAAACCUGAAUUCAACCCCAUACCUACCGUGUAUGAUGAUUUCCAGGCGGAAUUCAGCUCCGAUCCGGUCUGGCCACAAGCUGCCUCUGAAUGGCUAAAGGUUGUUCCAUGGGGUUUCCGUCGUCUUCUAAAUUGGAUCAAGAAUAACUAUGGUGACGUACCCAUCUACGUCACAGAGAACGGUGUAUCUGAGCCAGACGGGGCCCUGAACCUGGAUGAUGAAUUGAGAACCAAGUACUACCGAUCGUAUAUCAAUGAAGCUCUCAAAGCUUCCAAAAUUGAUGGUGUCAACCUGCAGGGGUAUUUCGCUUGGACUUUGCUCGACAACUUUGAAUGGGCUUCUGGAGUCAGCGAACGCUUCGGUUUGUACCACGUUGAUUUCAACGAUCCUGCGCGUACUCGACGCGCCAAGAAUUCGGCGCUCACCUACACCCAAAUCAUCAAGGAUAAUGGAUUUCCGUCUGACGAACAGGCCAAAGUGGAAUUGUAAAAUGUAACAGUAUUUUAUAUUCUCUUAUAAUACUUGAGUAAAAUAGACAGGCGAUUUCGAACAGUAAUUUGAAGAAGAUUACCCGCAAUAUUUUAAGAAUUAUUGUAGACAGCGUUAAAAAGGACACAUAUUCAUAGAUCAUGGUAGUUAGUGCUAUUUCAUGAAUCUUUUACGUUAAAUCCUAAGGUAAAAGAGUAGUUUUAUUUUUGGUGAAAUACCCGAACACAUACAAAAGGGAAGAGGUGAAUGUGCACAUAAAACUACAAUCUACCCCAAUCCAUCUGACAUUAUCAUUAUCUGACAUCUUUAACAUCAAACUAUUCGGAUCUCCCCGCCCCCCCCCCAGAUCAUUAACUCUGUGCCCCCUCAAUGGCUGGAUACACGCUAUUCCCCUGCCUCUAUAGAAUAAAUACUGUUAGUCUUCCAAUUAGCCAAAUUCAAUUAUAUGUCUACUUUGUAUGAUCAGUGAAUCGUUGUAUCUAUAAAGGUUCGUUCCGAUAUGGCGAGGCAAAACUGCGGAUUUUUUGUGUAUGCGUGUGUGUGUGUGUGUGUGUGUGUGUGUGGAUGUUAACUGUAAUACGCUCCCCAUUUUCUGAAUCUUAUAAUAUAAAGCUCAGUAAAUACACGCAAGUCCUUUUACAGCGCCAUAUCUGAACAAGCCUUCAUUAUGAUUUAUUUUUCUCACAUUGCUUGGACUUCAAACGAUACAAAUAAAGCAUGGGCAAUAGUCAA